UGACAACUUCAGUUUUUCCCGAGACAUUGCACGUAAAGGACUUUACAGAGAAUUUGAUUUUGCUCUCGAAUCGUUAAAAAGUGCUUAAACUGUGGAAGUGUAACGCUUUUCUCACAAGAAGUAGUUAAUUUAUUUUUAAGAAUAGUCAAUUCGCACAAAAUGCGGUGGUACUUGCUGGCGCUAGCUUGCGUCCUGGCGGCGGUGUACGCCGAGGACAAGAAGGAGAAAGACAAGGAUAUCGGCACCGUCAUUGGUAUCGAUUUGGGUACCACAUACUCAUGUGUCGGUGUCUACAAGAAUGGACGAGUGGAGAUCAUUGCCAACGACCAGGGUAACCGUAUCACCCCCUCAUAUGUAGCGUUCACAGCUGACGGCGAACGUCUCAUCGGAGACGCCGCCAAGAACCAGCUUACAACCAAUCCCGAAAACACAGUUUUCGACGCCAAGCGUCUAAUCGGUCGUGAAUGGACAGACUCCACCGUCCAACAUGACGUCAAAUUCUUCCCAUUCAAGGUUGUUGAGAAGAACAGCAAACCUCACGUCUCCGUGAUGACCGCACAGGGUGACAAAAUCUUCGCUCCUGAAGAAAUCUCCGCUAUGGUGCUCACAAAGAUGAAGGAAACCGCCGAAGCUUAUCUCGGCAAAAAGGUCACUCACGCCGUGGUUACAGUCCCUGCUUACUUCAACGACGCUCAACGUCAAGCUACCAAGGACGCUGGUGUCAUUGCCGGACUUAACGUCAUGAGAAUCAUCAACGAGCCCACCGCUGCCGCCAUCGCUUACGGUCUUGACAAGAAAGAAGGAGAGAAGAACGUUCUCGUAUUCGAUUUGGGUGGUGGUACUUUCGAUGUGUCUCUUCUUACCAUCGACAACGGUGUAUUCGAAGUAGUCGCCACCAAUGGUGACACUCACUUGGGUGGUGAGGACUUCGAUCAAAGAGUCAUGGAGCAUUUCAUCAAACUGUACAAGAAGAAGAAGGGCAAGGACAUCAGAAAGGACAACCGUGCCGUCCAGAAAUUGCGUCGUGAAGUUGAAAAGGCUAAGAGAGCUUUGUCUUCAAGCCACCAAGUUAAGAUCGAAAUUGAAUCCUUCUUCGAAGGUGAAGACUUCUCCGAAACUCUUACCAGGGCUAAAUUCGAAGAAUUGAACAUGGACCUGUUCAGAUCUACCCUUAAACCUGUACAAAAGGUGUUGGAAGACGCCGACAUGAACAAGAAAGACGUCGAUGAAAUCGUACUCGUCGGUGGUUCAACCCGUAUUCCCAAAGUGCAACAACUUGUCAAAGAAUUCUUCAACGGCAAAGAGCCAUCCCGAGGCAUCAACCCCGAUGAGGCCGUCGCAUACGGUGCCGCCGUCCAAGCCGGUGUACUCAGCGGUGAACAAGACACUGACGCUAUCGUACUUCUUGACGUCAACCCUCUUACUAUGGGUAUCGAAACCGUCGGAGGUGUCAUGACCAAGCUCAUCCCCCGUAACACCGUCAUUCCUACCAAGAAAUCUCAAAUCUUCUCCACCGCUAGCGACAACCAACACACCGUCACCAUUCAGGUGUAUGAAGGUGAACGUCCUAUGACUAAAGACAACCACUUGCUUGGAAAGUUCGAUCUGACUGGCAUCCCACCUGCGCCAAGAGGCAUUCCACAAAUUGAGGUCACCUUCGAAAUCGAUGCCAACGGUAUCCUUCAAGUAUCGGCUGAAGACAAGGGCACAGGAAACAGGGAAAAGAUUGUCAUCACAAAUGACCAGAACAGAUUAACGCCAGAAGAUAUCGAAAGAAUGAUCAAGGACGCGGAGAAAUUCGCUGACGAUGACAAGAAACUAAAGGAACGCGUCGAAGCUAGGAAUGAAUUGGAGAGCUACGCAUACUCCAUCAAGAACCAACUCCAAGACAAAGAAAAGCUCGGCGCUAAAGUCAGCGACGACGAAAAGACCAAGAUGGAAGAAGCUAUCGAUGCCGCUAUCAAGUGGCUCGAAGAUAACCAGGACGCUGAUGCUGAAGAGUACAAGAAACAGAAGAAGACAGUAGAAGACGUCGUCCAACCGAUCAUCGCCAAGUUAUACCAAGGUCAAGGUGGCGUGCCUCCUCAGGGAGCGGGCGGAGAAGAUGACGAAUUCAAAGACGAGUUGUAAUCACAGACUGAUAACGAGUGAUAGCCAAAUGUGAUCUCCGUCGCUACGGGCUACGUGCGAUGCCAGCGCAAUGCACGUAGUCCGUAACAUGGUGCGGAUACGAUGUGUUUUUUGCUCGUGUUGUGUAUAUUUAUUCGUGUGCCGCGUGAAUGAGGCUUGUGGUGGUCGAUGGACGAAUCUGCCAAACGUAUAGUCAACGUAAUUUAUAUUUAAUGUAAAAUCAAUCGCAGGCGAAUUAUUAUUAUCUUUGACUGUACAAGUUUUACAAUCGCCGCCGCUCGCGUGAAUGUAUGAUUUGUAUGUAUGCGUAUGUUUUGUAUAAAAUGAUGCAUUUUUAAUUUUAAUAGAGCAAUAGAGUUAAUUGUGAAGAAUCUGUUCUCUAUGAGAGGUGUUUCCUCUAAACAUCUGCUAGUCUCGCUUUCGAGACUGCCUCAGUGUUCUUUAUCGUAUGUAAUUGUUUUUGAGACUGCUGAAAUGUUAGUUCUUAAUUAUUAGCAGAAUAAUUAUGUAGAAAUAAUAUAAAGAAGUACGGAAGAGUACAUAAUAAAACAUUUUUUCUAUGAAGAA